CAAGAACAACAAGAGCAACACCACAACAAUGGCUAAACGAAUCAAAGCCCUUGAUGCCUCGGUGGUGAACAGGAUUGCCGCCGGAGAGAUCAUCAUUGCUCCUGCCAAUGCCCUAAAGGAGCUCCUGGAGAACUCACUGGACGCUGGCUCUUCGAAGAUUGACGUUGUUGUGAAGGACGGUGGGCUGAAGCUGCUGCAGAUAACAGACGACGGUACUGGGAUAGACAAGGAGGACCUGUCGUUGCUUUGCCAGAGGUUUGCCACGUCCAAGAUUACGCAGUUCGAGGACUUGGAGUCAAUCUCGACCUAUGGCUUCAGAGGGGAAGCCCUGGCGAGCAUUUCACACAUCUCACACCUGUCAGUGGUCACGAAGACUGCACAGAGCUCGUGUGCUUGGAGAGCAACGUACUCUGAUGGUGAACUGAAGGAGGUUAAGCCCACAGCAGGCAAAACAGGCACGCAGAUCAUCGUGGAAGACCUGUUCUACAAUGUCCCUGCAAGGCUUCGAAGCGUGAAGGGAGGCUCAGAGGAGCUGGCAAAGAUAGUGGACGUUAUUGGUCGCUACUCAAUCCACACUGAUCUCGGCUACAGUGUGAAGAAAUUUGGGGAUUCCCAUUUCUCGCUAUCCACCAGACCAGGACUGCCGAUAAAGGAGAGAAUAAGGUCUCUGUUUGGCACUUCUGUUGCACAGGAGCUUGUGCCAUUCGAAGUGGACCCAAUGGAAGAGCUGGGGCUCAAGGGAGCACAUGGACAGAUAACAAAUCCAAACUAUAACAGUAAGAAGUCCAUUCAGCCUGUUUUCUUCAUCAACAACAGGCUUGUGUCAAACGAUAGGCUGAGAAGGGCACUGAACUCUACAAUCCAACACUUCUUGCCCAAAGGUCAUAAACCUUUCAUCUAUCUGAGUCUAUUAGUGGAUCCAUCAUAUCUGGAUGUUAACGUUCACCCGACGAAGAGGGAAGUUAAAUUUCUCCACGAGGAUGAAAUCAUAGAUGCUAUCUGCAUCACCAUUAGAGAAGAGCUUAUAAAGAUUGAUUCCUCAAGGACGUUCCCGACCCAAUCGUUAUUACCACAGUCACAAAAGAGGAAAGUUAAAGAUGAAGAGGUCACAUCACAGCAGAAUACACAACAGUCUCAAAAGAAAACACGAUUGGAUUAUAAACUUGUGAGAACGGAUUCAAGCCAAGCAAAGAUCACAAACUUCAUGAGACCAGUUUCAAUAUCAAUAUCUUCAACAAAUGAAGAUGAUCGAAUGGACGAAGAAGGUGAUACCUCACACCCGGUUCUCGCUGAAGAUACUACAGUAACAACAAUGUCCUUGCCAACUGUGAAGGACUCACCACAGUAUAAGGCCAUACAGAGGGAGAAAAUCAUUGUAAACUUGCACUCUGUAUUAGAACUGAGACAAGAAGUGUUGGAUGCAGCUUCUGAUGCAAAGCUUGCAGAGAUGUUCACCAAGUUCACUUACAUUGGUAUAAUUGACACUGACAAGAGACUAUUAUCCAUACAGAGCGGCGUAAAGUUGUUGAUGAUUGACUAUGGUGCACUUUUCAGAGAAUUCUUCUAUCAAUUAGCACUCCAAGACUUUGAGAACUUUGGAUACAUAAGACUAGAAGGGUGUGAUACAUCAUUGAAGUCGUUACUUGGUAAGGCGUACGAUGGUUUGGAAGACCCACCAAUACCAAUGGAUGAAUGCAUUGAGUAUAUCACAUCAAUGUCCGAUAUGUUGGAAGAAUACUUCUCCAUCUCAGUAGCUGACGAUGGUGAAGGCCCGGUUUUGAAAACAUUACCGUUGUUAGUGAAGGGGUAUAUACCACCUUUGGAGAAGCUACCCAUCUUCCUCUACAGAAUUGGCUGCAAAAUCAAUUGGGAGGAUGAAAAGGAAUGUAUUGAGGGUAUACUACAGCAGUUGGCUCUUUUCAACGUUCCAAUGAUAAUACCGGAGUCAAAAGAUGACGAAACCAGCCAAUAUGCAGAACAGCAAAGUCACAAUUUAAACGAAACCAUGGAAAAUAUACUGAUGCCACUGGUCAAGAAACGUUUCUUAGCUCCAUCAGAAUUGAAGGACUACAUUGUGGAGAUAGCAAACCUACCAGGGUUAUACAGAGUCUUUGAAAGAUGCUGAUUCAAGUAU